GGUCGAUAUUGUCGUCAGUGCUGCAUAAAUGUUCGAGAUAUCCAGACCAACGUCACGAAGCUCACCUGUCACUAUCGACUGGACCUCUGCCAUCUUGAUCCUGUGAGGUGUCCGACGCCUCAGAAAAUACAAAAAUGCUGAGCUCAAGAGGAAUUUUCUUAUCCUGUCUGACACUUUUCCUGGCACUUGCCGGUCUCAUCAUGUUUUUUUGGAGCUUGCCUCUGACCAAACAUCAAGCUCCACAACCUAAAGCUAACCAAUACUCUGCAAAAAACAUUGAACAGUGCAACAACUCCCUUUCUAUUGCAAAGGAAGAGAAACCAAUACUUUUGUUGUGGUUCUGGCCUGAAAAUUACUUUUUUGACUUCAGUGAUUGUAAAACGUUUUACAAUUAUGAUGGUUGCAAACUUACAGAUAAUAGAUCGCUCUACAGCAAUGCAGAUGCUGUUCUUCUUUUCCACAAGGCCAUAAGUUGGGACCGGUCCAACCUUCCUCCAUCUCCUCGUCCUCCGUUCCAGAAGUGGAUAUGGUUUAAUGUAGAAUCACCAACUAACACAGCAAAAAAACCAGGUCUGGAAAACCUGUUCAAUCUCACUCUGAGCUACAGAGAAGACGCUGACAUUCCUGUACGGUUGCGCUUGACCACAAAUAAGAAAGCUGACGAGAAGUUUGAAAUUCCCAAAAAGAACAAGCUAGUCUGUUGGAUUGUAAGUAACAAUGCUGACUUUACAGGCGUCGGCACAAGGAACAAAUAUUACAAUGAACUUAGCAAGCACAUCGAGAUACAUUUGUUUGGGAAAGCGCAUGGAACAUUCCUGGAUUAUAAGGACUACUAUCCUACCAUAGCGAGCUGCAAAUUUUAUUUAUCCUUUGAGAACUCCAUCCACAAGGACUACAUCACUGAGAAGUUUAAUGGACCACUUUCGGUUGGUACUGUCCCUGUGGUGUUGGGUCCUCCCAGAAGCAACUAUGAACAAUUUGCUCCUGGUGAGGCCUUCAUUCAUGUGGACGACUUUCCAGAUGCAAAGUCACUAGCGGAAUAUCUGCUUCAGCUGGACAAGGAUGAAGAUGCAUAUCACAGGUACUUUAACUGGAGGAAACAUUUGACUGCAAGGCCUCAUUUAAUACUAAAGAAUCAAGAGUUUAUUCUGGCUAUUUGCACUGCCUGUGAUCAUGUAGGAAGACACAAGGAAUAUAGAGAAGCUCAUGAUAUUUAUAAGUGGUUUUUUAAUUAAGGUUGUCUCAGAUUUUGGGGAUUUUGGUUGAGGUAUUUGGAUAAUUAUUCAUCUCUUUUCUAAAAUGAUGUGGUAUUUAACUGUAGAUGUCAGUUUUGCAGUUGUGUCUUCUCUAGAUUUGCACUCUUGCAGUAAGUUUUUUCCAUUUGAUACCGAAGCACUUCUACAAUUGUUGGCUCUUUAUGAUUAAUUGCUUGUGUUGAUUAUCUUUCCUGAAUUAUACAGUGAAUUACUUUGCUGUAUUUGAUGUAUUUUUCCAUUAUUGUGGCAGUAACAAACCCUCAGUACUCAAGGGGGAAAUAUAGUUACCUUAAAAAUAGAGAAACACGAUGUCUCGGCCAAACAACUAUAUCGGCUGAUAAAAGCAAGUAUCUGCACUGUUGGACAUCGGCUGAUUGUUUAAAUACAGCAGAUGAUCAGGGUAGAUUAUUUCCUGUCAUUAUUAGCCUAUAAUUCAUGUUGUGUUCAAAAAAUAUUUCUUGUGUGAAAUUACAUAGAAUUGGGCGACUCUUUGUAAGCUUUGCACUGCUUGAAUUCCAUGAGGUAGUGCUACCGCUAAAACGUUAAACUAAUUCGAUAACUCGCCUUAAAGCUCAACAAUGCAUGGAAUAUAAACUGUUUGUUAAAGCUAAAGCGGAGGAAGCUUCAUCAUUCAAAAUUCAGUUGAUAAGAAAUAUUACCAAUUUAAUGUGAGCCUGACAAGAUUCAGAAUUCAGUUUAUUAGGUUAUGUAAUAAUGAUAAAUUGAGUUAAUAACAUGUGUUGUUUAUAGACCAUUUAAGGACUAUUCAUCAGUUUAAGGAAGAGACGUCUUUAUUUCUUGAACCUUACCCUAACCUUAACUAUUAAACAAUUACAGUAGUUGACUUGAAAGAGAAAACUCACUGUAGAAGCGGACAGUUCACACUGAUGUUGGCUAGAGCGCCCCCUGUGGCAACAUUGAGAAUGCAACUUGUAGCGGUACUUGAGUCGUUAUGAAUUGAAAUUUAAAA